UAAUGUGAACCGGGACGUGGUAUACGUAAGAAAAUCAAUAACCAACCAUACAGAUUCACUCUCAUCUGUUUCAUAUCAAACACAUAAGAGCUAUUCAACGGUAGGUUGUGGAUUUGGAAUAUCUGCCAAAAAUGCACAUUUGUUUAAUAUCUCAAAAAAGUUACAAAUUAAUAAAUUCUUCCGCAUAGAAAGCCCCUCUUAAUAAAUCGUAAUGGGUCUGAAAAGAAAAAUAAUUAUAUUUUCUGUGAUAUCAAUUUUCUUACUGUAUAAAAAUAUCUCGAGAAGAAAAGAGGACCCGAAGCCAAGUGACCUUUUGCAAAUCGUUGUUGAUUACACAGAGUAUUUUGAACUUACCAAGAUGAAGGUUAUGGAUUCACUUCAACACACGACGUUAUUCGAGGGGUUGGUUAGAAAUCAUGUAAAACCAAGUGUGGACAAGUUAGCGAGCUUGCGAAGCCAAACUGAGAAAUACGAGGAAAUGAUGCGACGCUCCUCGUCCAGCUUGGGGGCUGGCAGUGGGGGUGGUCCUCAGCAGUUCAUGACAUCCUCACUCGUGGCCCUGGAGGAAAUGCAUAAUCAGCUCUUGGUCUGGGAAAAAUCGUAUCGGAUGGCUAUUCUCCGAAUAGGACGAUCUUAUCCAGGACUAGUUGCUCAGAUUGAGGAUGUCGGGCAGAAAAUAAAUUUUCUCGAUAGUGACAAAGUCUUUGAACCAUUGGACUCAUUUCAGAUUCACUUCCAACUAAUGGAUUAUGAUGAUCCAGAUAGAAAUGAAGCAGUCAGAAAGGCAAAAGAAGAACCACUUCCAAUUUCAGCCCUCUUGAAUAUUAUAAAGACUACAAUUAUCCCAUCCAUCAAGAAGUUUGAAAAUUACAAGAUUCAAAACGGAUUACCUCCAAUUUUGGAUAGAGAAAAAGAUUUGGAAGGAAGGGAUGUGACGAUAAUACUUAUACUCAAAGAUUUGCUCCCUUAUAUUAAGAAAUACGGAGGUCAGUUCAAUCAUUUUGGUGAACAUUGGAUUAAGACGUACACCGAGUUGAAAGAAAUGAGCAACUCAGCUUUAGAAAAGUCGGAAACUGCUAAAACUAUGUAUGAAGCCCUCGCAGCAGGAAUAGACUCGGACAUACUCAAUUUACAAGAACGCAUAAGAAAGUUGUCGUCUCCAAAGCCAAAGAAGGAAUUUUAGACAUAGUGACGACAGAUCUCAAUGACCAGCCAUAUCGAAACAGCAGAGUAUUACGAUUUCAUGCAUAAUUUCAAAUAAUUUGACACAUUCCUUACUUUUAAGCUUUCCAUAAUAACAUUGUUUCAAGAAGUGGCAGUGCAAACGUUUAAAUGUAAUUCAAAGUGUGCAACGCACAUCAAUGCGAAAUAUAUGUGUGCGUCAAUAGCUUUAACACAGGGUCGCACGAAUAAUAAAAAUCGUAACCGUUUUUAAAA